UUCGACGAAGAAGUCCUCGACGAUAACGAUGACGUAGAUGAAGAUCUGGACCACGAAGAUGAUGAUGACGACGACGAUGACCGAGACGACGAUGACGCCAUGGCCGACGUGGACAUCUCUGCCUUCGCCAACCCAAAUGCUCGGCUCACUCGGCUGGAGGAUCCGGUCGACAAUAAGGAGCCAACGAAUGCAGUCAGCGAGGAAAUCCGCAAGGGACAGAGCAUCUCGCACCAAAUGAAAAUCUGGGACAAGCUGCUCGAGUAUCGAAUUCAAUUCCAGAAAGUUCUUGCCCUCGCCAAUCAGCUGCCACCCUGUGAUAUUUUCAAACAAACCAUGCAUAAUUUCCUGGCCAGUCCAGAUAACGCUCGUCUAUACAGACAGUGCGUUCGCAACAUCGAAAGAGCCUUCGAACAGCUGGCAGUCAUAAGAGCUGACCUGAUUCGCAAGUAUCCCGAAAUGAAGAAAUCAAUAGACGGGAAAACUCCUGCCGGUUCGGGUGACGAAGAGAUUCCGAGCGAUGACGAAGAGAUCCCAUCCGACAUUGCGUCUGGCUACAGCGAGGACGAGGACGGACAACCAAAGCGUAAAAAUCCUAGAGUCGAUGAAGGAUCCUCCGAGGAAGAUCAGGGAUCCCAGAACCACAAUACGGGCGACACGGACAGGAAGAGAAAGAAAUUCCUCCCCAAUGAAUACGAUCGAGCCAACGAGGAUUUCUAUCAGAAAUUCCUGCCCUUCAGGCAAGCCACAAUCGACAAGUGGUACCAACGGACGAAGCUCGCCAGCGGGAGAACCUCUAAAGGGUACACGGCCCUUGAGCAGCCUCCAGCGAAGCAAAUCGAACAUAUCCUGGAAGACCGGGACCGCCUCAUAGAGAGAACGCGGAUCAAACGGAGUCACUAUAAAAUCAUCGGCGUCAGUGAGCCAGAGAAAAGGGAAGCAGAUCAAGUGAAACAGAUCAUCCCGGAGAUAUUUGACGACGACGAUUUCUAUCAUCACCUCUUACGCGAGGUCAUCGAACGCAAGACUCAAGACAUCUCCGACCCUCUGGAGGUUUCGAGACACUGGAUCGAAAUUCAGAAGCUGCGAACGAAGAUCAAACGUAAGAUCGAUACGAAAGCGAGUAAGGGGAGGAGAAUCAGAUACGAUGUCAUCCCGAAGUUGGUGAGCUUCAUGACCCCGCACGACGGCUCGACAUUCAGCGACCAAGCGAAGGACGAGCUGUUUUCGAGCAUUUUCGGAAGGAAGACGGCCGCGAAAGGGGACGCGGCGAGUCAGCUGUCCAAGAGCGAUUUGGAAGGAUUCAGAUUGUUCAAGUGAAUCCUUCCCCGGAUCUGUGAAUAAAAAGAAGGAAAAGAGA